UGAUGAAAUUUUGUUGAUGGUGAGACCUUUUCAAGAAGUGGUUUCCCAAGAAAAAGAAGAAAAAUAAUACCGUCAGACCAAGUAUCAGGGUCUACCCCAAGCCUAAAGCAAGUGAUUUGGGUGAUAAAGAUUUAAGCUCUUCUAAUAACAUGAUAUUUCCCUCUGCAAAGAUGGGCAGAAUGACGAUGAGGAAGAACCGAAUUGAUAGCAUACUUGGGAAUGUCAAGAUGGAGAUAUUACAAUCCGAGGCAACUAAAAGGCACACAACGAUGACUAAUAAUGGGUUGACAAGACCUCCUAAAUUAUACAAAUUUGAGACAGAUUAUGAGCAAGUUUAUAAAUAGAGAAUUUAAUAAGGCAUCUGCUUCACAAAGUAAUUGCCAUCCUUCAGUAGAAGAUGCUGAGCUCCUAGCCCUUGCAGAUGUUGGAUAUAAUGCUCAGGAUCUUAGCAAUGCUCAUUGUCUCAAAUCUCAAAGAUAAAGAGGGUCAAGGUGUCACGAUUUAGGAUUAUAAUUACAAAAUAAAAUCCUAUUCCAUAGCCCUUGUGCAAAUGGCUCAUAAAAGUAUUGUAAUACUUAAUUAAAUCGGAGUCGAAGUAGUAAAACUGAUCAUAAAAUACAUUCAGUUAAAUUCCACUUUUAAUUUUUUCUAAGCCUUUU